AUGAAGUCAAUUCAAACACUUCUGCCCACAUUCGUGGCUUCCAUAGCAACGACCUUCGCCUACUCCCCUCUCUUACUGCCCUCUUUGACAACUCACCAACCCAAUGGCAACCCGGCUGGACAAGUGAACUACUAUCGCAUCGCUUUCACGGUGACCUCCAGUUCAAACAACGGCACGACUUCUUCCGGCUACUGCAACAGAUCUUGGGGCGACAACAGCUGGCUGCAACCUGAAGCGUACUCCGUCAACGUUCCCACGGGAGACUGGAUCAUCUGCGAUUCCUCGGAAGACAACUUGGGCGACAAAUCGAGCGAUUUUCAGUUCCAGCUCUUCCCAUACUUCUCCAUCGGAAACUUCAGCUUGGCUGUCAAGGAAACCCUUGGAGAUGGGUCGAGUCUACAAGGUCUCACGCAUAUAACGAAUCAGACGGACUCGUACACAUGUGAGAUCAAUCCAAGGGAGGUGCUGUACCAACAGCAUCCGCAGGGUGAUUGCAGCAUCCCUGAAGGAAAAGGUCCGUUUGAGGUGUCGGUCUCACUGAUGUGA